AUGUUACAUGAUGAGAAGGAGAUGGAGAAUGCAAGAAGACUAGAGAAAGUUAUAGUAGUGAAGGUUUUUGGCAAUUACAUUCCAUUUCAAUUGGUGAGUGCUGAAUUAAGGAUGCAGUGGAGUAGAUUUGUGAACUUCCACAUUACAGGAUUGGGGCUAGGCUGGAUGCUCUAUUCAAUUGAAGAUGCAAAUGCCUUGGAGAACAUUUUAAUUGGUGGUCUUUGGUUGGUUAGAGGCCAAGUUAUGGGCUUGGACAAAUGGUCGACUUCAUUCAGUCCAACUUCUCUUAAAGGAAUUUCAGCUCCUUUAUGGAUAAGGCUGCCUAAUUUACCUCUUCAAUGCUGGGACGAGGUGAAUAUAUGUAGAUUUGCUUCUCUAGUUGGCAAACCUUACCUCCUCGAAGGGAAUAUGUUGCAAUGGAGUAGACGGGAGUUUGUAAGGGUAUGCGUGCGUAUUCCCUUUGAUAUGAAGUUACCAUCUGGUAUUUGGGUUGAAGGCUUGGCUGGAAAAUUUUAUCAAAGAAUUGAGUAUGAAGGAGUUUCAAAAAUCUACUUUGAGUGUGGCAAGAUAGGCCAUACUUUAAUAGAUUAUGCUGAUUCAAACUCUAAAAAGGAAGCUGGAUCAGGAUCUGUUGAAGCAGUCAAUAAAAGUUCGUUAGGGAUGACAAUGUGA